UCGGACCGGGCGGAGCCCCCGGAGCGGGGAGCUGAAUCGUGAAGGGGGCGCGGGCGAUGCCCCCGGGCCCCUCCGGCACCCCGUCCUGCCCAUCCUGGCGGGGAGAGGAAGACCCGAGGUCCCCGCAAAGCGGGGAGAAGCCGGGGCCGUGCCCCCCACGUGCCUCCGGCCGCCCAUACAAAGCCAUCCCCGUGCCCGGCUCACCAUGUCCCUCCAUCCCCGGGGGCCGGCUCCGGUGCCUCGCUCGCCCCCGGGUCCCCCAAAGCCUGUGGCUGUCAGCCUGGCCGCCACGGCUUCUCCCGAGAUUGGCUUUGGCGCGCCCUUAGCGGAGGUCAUUUCUGUGUAAAGUUCGUUGUUCAGAAGUUGUCGUGUUGCUGUAGAAACUUCAGUUUGCAAGCUUCCAGAAGCCUGAAACGGCCCCUCUUCCCCUACCAGCUUACACGGGGACAUGUUCUUGGGAACAACUCUUAAGUCUGUUAUCCAGGUUGUGUUGUGUUUAUGGGAGUUCUGCGUCUGUAAUCUGUCAAGUUGAACCCGUGGGAAGAUGGUAUGAAGCAUUUAUUAAGAGGCGAAACAGGAAUAUUUCAGCCUCUUUUCAGGAACUAGAAGAUAAGAAAGAAUUAUCAGAGGAGUCAGAAGAUGAAGAAUUACAGUUAGAGGAGUUUCCUAUGCUGAAAACUCUUGAUCCUAAAGAUUGGAAGAAUCAAGAUCAUUAUGCAGUUCUUGGACUUGGACAUAUAAGAUAUAGGGCUACUCAGAAACAAAUCAAAGCAGCCCAUAAAGCGAUGGUUUUGAAACAUCAUCCAGACAAACGAAAAGCAGCAGGUGAACCAAUAGCAGAAGGGGAAAAUGACUACUUUACUUGCAUAACUAAAGCUUAUGAAAUGUUGUCUGACCCCGUGAAAAGACGAGCAUUUAACAGUAUAGAUCCUACUUUUGAUAACUCAGUUCCUUCUAAAAAUGAAGCAAAGGACAAUUUCUUUGAAGUGUUUUCACCAGUGUUUGAAAGGAAUUCCAGAUGGUCAAAUAAGAAAAAUGUUCCUAAACUUGGUGACAUGAAUUCAUCAUUUGAAGACGUAGAUGCAUUUUACUCUUUUUGGUAUAACUUUGAUUCUUGGAGAGAGUUUUCUUAUUUAGAUGAAGAAGAAAAAGAAAAAGCAGAAUGUCGUGAUGAGAGGAGGUGGAUUGAAAAACAAAACAGAGCAGCUAGGGCACAAAGGAAAAAAGAAGAAAUGAACAGAAUAAGAACAUUAGUUGAUAAUGCAUAUAGCUGUGAUCCUAGGAUAAAAAAAUUUAAGGAAGAAGAAAAAGCCAAGAAGGAAGCAGAGAAGAAAGCAAAAGUAGAAGCAAAGAGAAAGGAGCAAGAGGCAAAAGAAAAACAAAGGCAAGCUGAAUUAGAAGCAGCUCGAUUAGCGAAGGAGAAAGAAGAAGAAGAAGUUAGACAACAAGCAUUACUGGCAAAGAAAGAAAAGGAAAUUCAGAAAAAAGCCAUUAAAAAGGAAAGGCAGAAACUUCGAACUUCAUGCAAGAAUUGGAAUUAUUUUUCAGACAGUGAGGCAGAGUGUGUUAAAAUGAUGGAAGAGAUUGAAAAGCUUUGUGAUCGUCUUGAACUUACAAGCUUGCAGUGCUUGAAUGACAUUCUUAUAUCUACUACAAAAGAAGAAGGGAAGGCUGCUGUGGAAAAGCAGAUAGAAGAAAUAAAUGAGCAAAUAAGAAAAGAAAAGGAAGAAGCUGAGGCUCGUAUACGUCAAGCAUCUAAGAGUACUGAGAAAUCAACUGGUGGAGGUGGCAGUAGCAGUAAAAAUUGGUCAGAAGAUGACUUGCAGUUAUUAAUUAAAGCUGUGAAUCUUUUCCCUGCUGGAACUAAUUCAAGGUGGGAAGUUAUUGCCAAUUAUAUGAACCUGCACUCUUCUUCUGGAAUAAAGAGAACUGCAAAAGAUGUCAUCAGCAAGGCAAAGAGUCUUCAGAAACUGGACCCUCAUCAAAAAGAUGAUAUAAACAAAAAAGCUUUUGAUAAAUUUAAAAAGGAACAUGGAGCUGUGCCUCAGUCAGACAGUGCAGCACCUUCAGAGCGGUUUGAAGGUCCAUGUACAGAUUUCACACCUUGGACAACUGAAGAACAAAAACUUUUAGAACAAGCUUUGAAGACAUAUCCUGUGAAUACGCCUGAGAGAUGGGAAAAAAUAGCUUCUGCAGUGCCUGGACGAUCAAAAAAGGACUGUAUGAAACGAUAUAAGGUAGUGUGUGUAUACAUACGUGUGUGUGUGUGUGUGUGUGUGUGUGUAUAUGUAAUUCAGCAACUCACAAAUUUUAUUCUAAGUUAAAUUGCAUACUGUUGUCUUGUUAGGCUUCAGGGUACUAAAAAAGUCAUUACAAAGACAUGUAAUUUACAGUAAAGUAACAUUAAUUCACAACAGACUUUUGGGGCUGGUUGCACUACAAGGAAGAGCCUCAUGUCCAAGUGCCAACCUUCCAGAAACCAUUUUUCUAGAAAAUAUUUUUAGAUUCCAGAGUCCUACUCCAGUAUCUCAUUGUGGCAGAAAGGUAACCCUGGUUUCUCAAAGACUAUGCCAGCAUAGCAUAAGCUUGGUAUUAUAAAGAAGCUUUUAAGUGUGGCCCUAAAUUAGAUGGCUUUCCAAGGAAUAUCCCCAAAAGUGGCUUUUCAACAGAAGAUGGGCCACUGCUAUUCAAGUUGUCAUCUCAAAAGCCAGAGGUACUGUCACAAUAGGCAUUUAAAUAAAUAUUUCUUGAAUUUUAUCAGAAAAAGGAGAUGUGUUUGUACUAUCGACCAAAACUUAUUUUACCCAUAAGCAGGAAUACAACAGCAGAUUUACUAAAUCUAAACUUUACUUUGCCAACCCAGAUACCUCUAUUUGUAUUUCCUCUAAUGAUCCUUUUUGGAGGUCAUGAACAAUAAAUGUAAAGUAUGAACUAUAUUCCAUAUUAUCCCCACAAAAUCUCCCUGAAAUUCUUAAAUAGAAGUUUAAAGUUUAAACUUUCAAUUAACCUUUAUUACUUUUUCUCUAGGAACUUGUCGAAAUGGUAAAAGCAAAAAA